AGUGUUUGCUAUAAGCCAUUCUUUCUUUUAGAAAAAGUUCAGGAAAAUAUACCAAAGACUUGAGGAUGAAAGAAAUGGAGAUGAUGAAAAGUAGAGAGCAUUACAGCUAAGAUCUCCUUGACAAUGAGCCACAGAGGAAGAAUCCUCCACAAGGAAGGAAGGUGCAGAAGCUACAUGUGACAGGAAGCCAGUCAUAGUAGUGCCAUUCCAGACUGGAUUGCGGGCCAUAGUGCUGAAACUGAGCAAGCAGGAAAGGACUGGAGAUUCUAAACAGUGUAAGCCAAGAGUGCAACUUUCCAGGCAAGUCCAAGGUGAUGAGAGAAUUCUGAAGUAAAGUCCAUGGUUCAGGGUCAGGAUUCAAAUUGAGAGGGUACCUCGUCAGGUAUGAGCAAAUACUACAAAUACUGCUUUGUAAGAAAGCAGGCAUGAAAGCCCAGCCUCAAAGCAGCUUAACAGAGAAAGGUGGAGAGCUUCUGUUAGGGCUUGUUAAACAGCUCUUCCUCACAUCACUUCAAAGGAGGAUAGCUGCUAAGUCCAGGCAGCAUAGCUUUCAGGAGGGAGAGAUAAACUCAGGUCCUGAUAACCUCUAUCAAGAUUCUUAGUGUCUCCUUUAUUACUCAUCAAACACACAAAGAGGAGAUGAGGUUAUUCCAAAAAAGAAGUGGCAUACCAUAGGGAGACUCAGUGGACAUCAGGCUUUUGGCUACUUUUGGUGCCUUUGAUAAUCUCCUACAAGAUGUCUGCUUUAAGAAGCUUAGUAAUCAAGGUAUUAUACAAAGGGGAAUGAGGGAAGUAUAAGUGAGAAAACACAGCUCAAGUCCUAUCUGAGUCCUAACAGAGUAGAGCAAAGAAUAUAUAACUGCAGAAUCAUUCUGACACUCUGUGCAGCUACUUAGCUUGUCUCUUCUGGAAAGCAGUAAUGACAGUGCAUGCUCUCUGAAGGAGAGAGAUACCAAACGACAGUAGAAAAAGCUAAACAGCCACUUGCCUAAGGCAAUAAAAGUAAGACCAUAGAAAAUGCAAAUUAUCUUUAUAAUAAUGACUUGAUAUCCCUAAGCUUUUCAUUGGAGUUUCUCCUCAGGUUCCUAAGUCUGGACCUAGCAUAUCAUUGGAAAAAGCAAAGAUGUGUGCUGGGCAUUUCAAAGUGCGGCUGAGUACUACAUCAGGUGAUAGCUGCCUGCAAAAGCAUAUCUUAUGUUAUCCCAACAGAUUCCCGGACCAGCUUGUUGUACGUGGCCACCUCCCAGGACUUCUGAACUUUGUGACAGACAAGUAGCUAUAAAAGUGAUAUUAGUGGAGGGAUGGCAUGAUUUAGACAACAAAGACUAUGACUGUUGGCCCCUGGAAAAACCAGAUGAAUAUAACAUGAUGGACUGUGGAGGUCUGGAGAUGGCAUGGGUUCAAAAGCCUCCAGAAAUGGCAAUAAGUGGCGAAUUCUUCAAUGUGACUUAUGCAGUCUUUGCUUCAGAUGGCUUUUAUCAAUACGCAGUACAAAAUGGAAUCCUUUCUCACAGCAAUGCUAGUGCUGCAAAGGAAUUCUGUGAGGAGCAUGAGUGCCCUGCCAGCUGGAAAGAUGCAAAUGGCGAGAACUGCUGUGUCCACCAUGCCAAUAUUCACUCUUGUCCUUUGGCCUUCAUGGGUAGAGGAGGAAUAUGUGGUCCGUGGAUUCCUGAUGAUGGCCAGAUAUUUACUCACACUUUGUCGACAGCUGGCAAAAUGAGCCAAAGAAACUGGACUGCCAAGGUUGUUUUAGUUCAUGUGGGUGUGACUUCUCUCAUCGCACACAUCAGAGUUGGGAGAAUGCAAGCUGCUCUGGAAGCGAAAACCACAGUCCUUCCUGCAGUAGUUUGUGGAGAUGGCUUUUGCGAGGAAGAAGAAAGCUGCUCUAUUUGUCCAGCAGAUUGUGGAGAAUGCCCUCUGUCUGCUUAUACUAGGAUAGCAAUUGCCUUACCCAUAUGUUUAGUCUGCACUGGCUUCAUUAUGACACUCAUGUGGUUUCAGUAUCAGAAACAAAAGAUGCUUUGGGAUGAAAGCUGGAUUAUAGAGUUCACCUGCAUCAAACAAGAUCACAAACUCUGGACAGCAACAGGAAGCGUGAUAAGUGCUCCCCCAGCACCAAGUGAAUCCAGUGCCAGCUGUAUCACUGUUCUGAGCUCCUGCACUGCAGCUGCUAAUGCAUCCAAGAAACAGCACUUCACCCAGACUGGGAGAUAUGAUGGUAGAACAGUGGCCAUUAAAAAAAUAACGAAGAAGGCAUUUACCCUAUCCAAAUCCAUACGUAAGGAAGUAAAGCAAGUAAGGGAACUUGACCAUCCCAAUCUCUGCAAAUUCAUUGGUGGUUGUAUAGAAAUACCAAAUGUUGCCAUAGUGACAGAGUACUGCCCCAAAGGCAGCCUUCAUGAUGUUUUGCUCAAUGAAGAUAUCCCUUUGAACUGGGGAUUCAGGUUUUCUUUUGGUACUGAUAUUGCCCAAGGAAUGGCCUAUCUUCACCACCACAAAAUGUAUCAUGGACGAUUGAAGUCUAAUAACUGUGUAAUAGAUGACCGAUGGGUUUGUAAAAUUGCAGAUUAUGGCUUGCAGUUGUACAGAAAAGAAGAUUCUUCUGAGGGAUACCAGCAGAACUUGAUACAGAUUUACACAGCUCCUGAAAUCCAUUCCCUUUCAGAUUUUGAACCCAAUUCCAUGACGGAUGUAUACAGUUAUGCCAUCAUUUUACUAGAAAUUGCUACAAGAAGUGACCCUAUGCCAAAAGAUGCUGUGUCUUCAGCAGAAUGUUCUUGGUGUCUACCUUUAGCAGAAUUAAUUUCAGGAAAUGCAGAGGAUUCCUGCCCAUGUCCCACAGAUUAUAUAGAGCUAAUCAGAAAGUGCAGAAAAAAUAAUCCAGUCCAGAGGCCUACAUUUGAACAAAUCAAGAAAAUGUUAAACAAGAUGAAUCCUAAUAAAGUUAACCCUGUUGACAUGAUGAUGACUCUGAUGGAGAAAUACAGCAAACACCUGGAGAUACUGGUUUCUGAGAGAACCCAGGACUUGAUGCAUGAAAAACAGAAGACUGAUCGUCUGUUGUACAGUAUGUUGCCAAAGCAAGUAGCGGAUGAUCUCAGGCAAGGAAAACGUGCACAAGCUCAAAGUUACUUAAGUGCCACCAUCUUUUUCAGUGAUAUUGUUGGCUUCACUCAUCUGUCCAGCAGCAGCACACCUUACCAAGUGGUAGAUCUCUUGAACAAGCUUUAUACCACUUUUGAUGAAAUCAUAGAUAACUAUGAUGUCUAUAAGGUGGAGACAAUAGGAGAUGCCUGUAAGUACCUUGAACUGUGGAAACUGCUGGGACAUCAAGAUGAUUGAUAACAAGGAAGGGCGGGUGAAGGAGAUUUGGAAAACUUAUUACCACUGGGAAGACACACAAAACAAGUAGGCAAGAAGUCCUAGCACAGCCCCAGCAAACUUUUGGAACAUCUCCAUUGCAUGUAUUUCAUCAUUUCUGCAGCUGGUGAAUGUUGUGGAUGGGACAUUGGGGUGUGGCAAAAGCCCCUUUUGCUACCUUUAUUUGGUCCCUAUGACUUUGCAAGGUCUGAAUUGAAAUCUUGGAAACUGAGUAAUCACAAUUGGCAAUUUUGCUUCAUGGGAACAAAACUGAAAAAUGUGCCUUCUGCAUGGAAACAUAAAUGCAAUUUCCUAAGCUAUACUACCUCUGUGGUUUUUUGGUUUUUGUUCUAUUUUUCCCCCAAAGACUCUG